GCCGAUCGAAACAAGUGCUUAUUUUUCGGGGCUCGGCCGUGGACCUGCGACGCGCAGAUCAGUCUUCAGCGAACCGACGACCGGCGUGGACCGAUCCGGAAAACCUUCUAUCUUUUGGAAUAAGUUUUAUAGUGUAGUGUUGCCUCAGGAUGCAUACGCCGGGUUCCUCGGUGGCCGGUUACGGGCUGCUGCUGGUCGUGCAGAUUGUGUUCGUAAUUGUGUUUGGAUUCUUCACCGACUACUCGAAGGAGCUGCUGCCGAAAAAUGGAACCGGCAACGGACUGGAGGCGUCACAUGGCGCCGCGGAAGAGAAAUAUCUGCCCAAGUACCCACACUUCCAGGACAUUCACGUGAUGAUCUUCAUCGGUUUUGCGUUCCUGAUGACCUUCCUGAAGCGUUACGGAUUCAGUGCCUCCGGGUUGAACCUGCUGGUGGGCGCCCUGGUCAUCCAGUGGGCCAUCAUUAUGCGCGGAUGUUACGAAAUGGAGGACGGCCGGAUUCCACUCUCGUUGGAAAAUCUAAUUGGGGCGGACAUUGCCGCGGCGGCCGUACUGAUCAGCAUGGGAGCACUGUUGGGCCGGACGACGCCGAUGCAACUGCUGAUCAUGGGAAUCUUUGAAAUUGCGAUUUUUGCGGCGAAUGAGUACUUGCAGCUGGACUUGAUGAAGGUGGCGGAUGUCGGGGGUUCAAUUACGGUGCACGCCUUUGGGGCUUACUUUGGGCUGGCGGUUAGCUUUGUGAUGAGACCGUCGAAGGAGAACGCCAAGGCGGGACCGAUGGAGGGCUCUUCUUACAGUUCGGAUAUAACUGCCAUGAUCGGAACGAUCUUCCUGUGGAUCUUUUGGCCAAGCUUCAACUCGGCGCUGGUCGACGGUGCCGACCAGGAACGUGCCAUCAUCAAUACGUAUCUUUCGCUGGCGGGAGCGACCGUGACUACGUUUGCCAUUUCGGCGUUGGUGUCCCACGAGAAGAAGUUCGACAUGGUCCAUGUCCAGAACUCGACGCUGGCAGGUGGCGUUGCCGUUGGAUCGAUUUGCAACCUGAUGAUUCAUCCGUUUGGAGCGCUGCUGGUUGGAGUUAUUGCUGGGGUGAUCUCCGUUUUGGGAUACCGAUUCUUGACACCGGCGAUGCUGUCCGGCGGCCUUCGACUGUCUGACACGUGCGGCGUCAACAAUCUGCACGGAAUGCCAGCCCUGCUGUCGGCCAUCUUCUCCGCCAUCUAUGCUUCGAUGGCCACGACCGAAACUUAUGGUAGCUCGUUGACCACCAUUUUCCCGGCCAUGGCACCGGCCGUCAACUCGACAAUGGGAGGUCACGAAAGUGAAGAGUUUGUCAUUGGGGGAUUUGGACGCACUGCAGCGAAGCAAGGAGCCUACCAACUGUUGGCCAUCCUGUUGACCGUCCUCAUCGCAAUUGUUGGCGGAUUGUUUACAGGUCUCGUAUUGCGAUGCAACCUGUUUGGCGCAGUGUUACCAGCGCGGCACCAAUUUCGGGACGAUCCCUGGUGGAACGUGGAACCGUUGGAGACAACCGUCGAAAGUGUUGUGACCGUUCCGCGAGCUGAACCCCCACCAGUGGCCGUGACCAGCAAACAGGCUUAGUUCUGAAAUCGCCGUCGGUUCGCCAGCUGGAAAAGGAUGAACUCCACAAGGACGAAACGUACUGGGAAACGCCCUCGGAGGCGAGCGGUGCCACCACAAACACCGCCAUCCCUACCGUUGCCAGCUCCAUCAGUUAAU